AUGCCAAAAAGUCUUAAGAAAACAUCGAAGCAUAUCUCGAAGAAGAGAGGAGGUGAAGUUACAGCUUUACACGAAGGAUCUCGGGAUUCCAUGAGUUUGAGAAGAGCAGGAGGAAGAGAUGAUAAAUUAGAAAGAAUGGCUGCUGAGAGAAAGAGACACAAUCGUCCCAUGUUGGAGCGAGCUCUUUAUUUCCAAAAUGCCAUAAAAGAAAAUGGAGUGAAGCCACUCGAGCUCGAUGCGAUUCAUAGUCUCAUAAAAACUUUCGUACACCAGAACGAUGAAGAGCUUAAUGCUAUAAAGAAAGAGCGUCGUCCUGGACGACCUGCGAGUACAAGGGAGGACCUCUUGAAAAUCAAAAUUGCAGCCGACGAGAAAGAAUACGAAAAUGGAUUCUAUCUACCAGACCUCACUGAUUCGGAUAAUGUAAUGGCUUUUGCGCUAUGGGAAAAAUCCACCUGGUCAUAUCUUAACACCUUGAAAUGGGUGCGCUUGUCGAGCAGUGGACAUAUUCAAGAGACUAAAUUCCCACCCAAAGGAUCUUCAUGA